AUGUUUAUGUUGCAGCCGACCACAGCCAUGAUUGCCGUGAGCAGCAAGUCCUUCCUCCUCGCCCUUCUGGUGCUCGCUGUCGUCUGCAGCAUGGCAGCCGCCCAGUUCGGCUUCGGACGUGGAGGAUACGGAAGGGGAUACGGCGGAUAUGGAGGAGGCUUCGGCCGCGGAUACGGAGGAGGCUUCGGCCGUGGAUAUGGCGGAUACGGUCGUGGAUACGGAGGCUAUGGACGUGGAUUCUACGGCUGA